GUGGGCGGUACAAAUAGCCGGGGCGAUGGUCGGCGCGCAGCAGUGACGCCAGACGCAGCAAGCGCUUCGGACGUGUACGUGCCUCUUCCUUCCUCUUUCUCGACUCCAUCUUCGCGGUAGCGGCACAGGCUGCCGAUCAGACGCCGACAUGCAGCUUUUUGUCCGCGCCCAGGAGCUCCACACCCUCGAGGUGACCGGCGGGGAGACUAUCUCCCAGAUCAAGGCUCGUGUCGCCGCGCGGGAGGGCAUCGCUCCCGAAGACCAAGUCGUGCUCCUGGCAGGCACGCCCCUGGAGGAUGAGGCCACUCUGGACCAAUGUGGGGUGGAGGCUCUGACCACGCUGGACGUAGCCGCCCGCAUGCUUGGAGGAAAAGUCCAUGGCUCCCUGGCCCGCGCUGGGAAAGUCAGAGGGCAGACCCCCAAGGUAAGUGAGAGGAUUAGUGGUGUCCUUGGACUUAGUUUUUCACUGUCACAGAUAAGACCCUUGACUUUUGACCAGGGUUUGAUCAGCCUUCCCCUUUCCCAGGUGGCCAAGCAGGAGAAAAAGAAGAAGAAGACUGGUCGGGCCAAGCGACGGAUGCAGUACAACCGGCGUUUUGUCAAUGUCGUGCCCACCUUUGGCAAGAAGAAGGGCCCCAAUGCCAACUCCUAAAGUCCUUUGUAAUCGGGUUUUCUCUAAUAAAGCCACUUAGCUCAGUCA